GCCGCCCGGGGAAGCGGCGGCGAAGGAGCGUCUCCCUAGAGCCCCCGCCGAGCCCCGGCCGCGACGGUGCGGCGCCCCCGGCCCGGCCAUGCUGAGGGCGGAGGACGCGGCGGAGCAAGGACGGCCGCUCGCGGAAUAGAGGCGCGGCGGGAGCGGGGCCGGGCACCUGCCCCGCCGGGCUGCCGCAGGGCACCGCGGGGCGUCCCGACCCGCAGGAGGGAGCGCCGCCCGGCCCGCGGAGGAGCGCGGUCGAGCCGAGGGGCAGCCCCGCCGCCCGCCGCGGCAAUGCGCUGAGCGCCGCCGCGCCCGUCCAUGGGGCGGCGCUGAGGGACGGCUCGGCUCGGCGCGGCGCGGGGGGCAGGAUGAAGUCCCUGCUCUUCAGCCGCUUCCUCCUGCUGCUGCCCUGGGUGCUCAUCGUCAUCAUCGUGCUGGACAUCGACAGUAGCCGGGCCCCGCUGCCCGCCCGGGCCCCCCGCGGCGGCGGGGCCGGGAGCGGGGAGCCCCGUUCGGCGGCGGCGCGGCCCCCGCCGCAGCGGCGCCCCGAGGCGGCGCUCCCCACCAUCUAUGCCAUCACGCCCACCUAUAGCCGCCCGGUGCAGAAGGCCGAGCUCACCCGCCUGGCCAACACCUUCCGGCAGGUGGCGCGGCUGCACUGGAUCCUGGUGGAGGACGCGGCAGCGCGCAGCGAGCUGGUGACCCGGUUCGUGGCGGGCGCCGGGCUGCCUUGCACGCACCUGCACGUCCCCACGCCGCGCCGCUAUAAGCGGCCGGGGCUGCCCCGCGCCACCGAGCAGCGCAACGCCGGCCUGGCCUGGCUGCGGCAACGGCACCAGCACCUGCCGCCCCCCCAGCCCGGGGUGCUCUUCUUCGCCGACGACGACAACACCUACAGUCUGGAGCUGUUCCAGGAGGUGCGUGCGGGGCCGGGCGGGGGGCGCGGGCCACCGUACAGCGCCGGCCUCCCCUCGGGCACCCGCCGUUCCCGCCCCUCGUCGCCCCGCCCGGUGCCCGAAACCCAGGCACGGAAGAGCGGAGCCCGCUUGCUCCCGGGUUCGGCAGCGCUGCCGAUGCGUACGACCCGCAAGGUGUCGGUGUGGCCCGUGGGACUGGUAGGAGGACGACGGUACGAGCGCCCGGUGGUGGAGAACGGCAAAGUGGUCGGCUGGUACACAGGCUGGAGAGCUGACAGGCCCUUUGCUAUUGACAUGGCAGGAUUUGCUGUGAGUCUUCAAGUGAUUCUGUCGCAUCCAAAAGCCGUAUUCAAGCGGCGCGGUUCUCAGCCGGGAAUGCAAGAAUCUGAUUUCCUGAAACAGAUAACGACAGUGGAAGAACUGGAGCCAAAAGCAAACAACUGCACAAAGGUUCUUGUAUGGCACACGCGAACAGAAAAAGUAAAUCUAGCUAAUGAGCCAAAAUACCACCUGGACACAGUCACCAUUGAGGUAUGAUGCGGAGAUACAGUUACACAGAAGUACAGUACAGUGGAUGUGUCAGAAGGUGUUUGAAUUCAGCCAGUUAAAACAGUCUGCUUCUGUGUGAAACCUUUUAACAGGCAUCUGAUGGACUCCUGUGGAAGCAAAAGGAAGCUGUCAGAUACUCUAAUAAGCAAAUCAAGUGGGUGUGCUUCGUUCUAACUUGUUUGCAUGCAUUUCUGAACUCUCGUCUUAAUAAACUGACACUUACCUUUGUUUUAAGGCUGUUUCCACAUAGUAAAAAGAAUCUAAGAGAAAUCUGGCUGCACUGGAGUAUUUUCAAAAUCACCAUUUAUGUAUAUACUUUUUGUAUUUAUCCAACUUAAUGGCGUAAUUAUAAACUGAUUUUAACUCACAAACUGCUGAUCUAAAUAUCUGCAUAAAUGGAUCCUCCUCCAAACUGAACACGUUUUCCUUAAUUAAAACUAGACUUCUUGAAGAAAUAGUGGUCAAAUAGUUGAUACGACAAUGAAAUAAAAACCCACAACCAUUUAUGGAUUUAUCCUUUUAAUAUUGGGAAAUAACAUUUUAUCAUUACGAGGCACCAUAAAAUGUAAACACAAAUCACUGUCAUAAACCUGGAUAUCUCUGCAAGGAAAAAUAUGUGUGCUCACGCCGAGGUACCUUGGGUACAUACUGUGCUGUCAGUUCUCUGCAUUAAUACUGUGUAUGUGCCUCGUGAGCCGGAUUGGAGACUUUGUCACAGCUGUUUUUAAAAGAAUAAACUAUUAAUUUGUAGAACUACAGUAACAUCCAGGUUUAUCUUCCUUUCCAUAACUGUAUUCCCUGUUAUGCACACCAUAGGAACAUCACAGUGAAAUGUAUGAUGAAACAAAAUUUGUUUGAUACACUAGAAAACAUUGCUCAGUGAUACAUUUACAUUCUAUUUAUAUAUGAUUAAACAUUUGUUCAUACAGUA